UGUUAACCCGAGUCAGUUAUAUUUCAUUCAGAACCGGCUAUGGCUGUGAAUGCGAAUGCUAAAAUAGUUAUUAUAGGAUGCGGGAUAGCAGGUAUAGCAGCGGCGCACCGGCUCGUUAACGCUGGAUUCCAUCACGUGCGCAUACUUGAAGCGACUGCGAGAAGCGGAGGAAGAAUAAAAACUGGAAGACUGGGUGAUAAUAUUGUUGAGAUAGGAGCUAACUGGAUCCAUGGACCGUGCGAGGAGAACCCUGUGUUUUGUCUGGCCCGUAAGUACAGGCUCCUGGAUCCAGAGGCCCUCACCCCAGAGAACCAGGCCAUGGACGUCGGAGGACAUCCCCCCUUUGUUCCCAACAUUUUCUGCAGUUCAGGUCGGAAGCUGAAUGCUGACGACAUUUAUUAUGCUCAGAAAAUGUUUGCUGAGUUGCUGAAGGAAAGUUCAGAAUUUGAGAGUCAAGGAGGAGAACCCUGGGCCUGUGUGGGAGAUUUCAUCCGGUCAGAGGUUCAACAGCGAGCAGCAGAGAAGUGGAAAGAUAUUGAUGCAACCACCAGAUCUCUGCGACUGUGCAUGAUCAGUAACAUGUUGAAGUUUGAGUGCUCUAUUAAUGGGGCUCACAGCAUGGAUGAGGUGGGCCUGGGGGCCUAUGGCCUAUAUAAAACUCUUCCUGGACUGGACUGUACAUUCCCUGGUGGCUAUGAAGGUCUGGUCAAAAACUUGAUGUCGGAGCUCCCCAGUGGUUUAGUAACCUACAAUCAGCCUGCUCGCUGUGUCCACUGGAACAACACCGAGAAGAGAGAAAACCAUCUGACGAUCGAGUGUGAUGAGGAGAGGAUCGCUGCUGAUCAUGUUAUUGUCACAGUACCUCUAGGAUACCUAAAGAAGCACCAUUCAGCCCUGUUCCAUCCUCCUCUCCCUCUACACAAGCUGCACUCCGUCCAGAGACUAGGUUUUGGAACAACCAAUAAGAUAUUUGUGGAGUUUGAUUCACCGUGGUGGGAUGCUGACUGUGAGGUCAUCUAUCUUGUGUGGGAAGAUGAGGAUGUCAUGGUGGACCAGGUGCCAGAUGUACAGCGGUCCUGGAUAAGGAAGUUGUGUGCCUUCACUCUACUCAAACCCACUGAAAGGUAUGGCCAUGUCCUGUGUGGUUGGAUUGCUGGACACGAGUCCGAGUAUAUGGAGACACUGUCUGAACAAGAGGUCACAUACACCGUCACCCAACUCAUCCGCAGAUUUACAGGUGAU